CUUCGUUUCACCAUCAAAGAUUCAGCCAUGCCUGUAUUUAUCCGAUCUGCUUCUAAUGCCACCUACACAGUCAAUGAGGUGGACGGGCAAACCAUCAGCGAUAUUAAGGCUAUGGUUGCUGAUCACGAAGGAUUGCCAGCAGAAGAGAUGGUUAUUUACUGUGCAGGAAGACCUUUGGAAGAUGAAGUGAAUCUUUCAACCUUGGAGGAGCUUACCACUUUUGAAGUGGAAGUCCGGAUGUUAGGAGGCAAAGUCCAUGGCUCCCUGGCCCGUGCAGGCAAAGUCAGAGAAACACCAAAAGUGGACAAACAAGAAAAGAAGAAGAAGAAGACUGGUCGUGCCAAACGCCGAAUGCAGUACAACCGACGUUUUGUGAAUGUUGUUACCACUUUCGGUCGCAAGAAGGGUCCUAACGCUCGUUCUUAAAAAUUUGAAAUCGUUUUACAACGUAAAUUUUCACAAUAACAUUCUGUGUUUUCAAACAUUAUGUAUAUCACAGGAAGACUUCCAUUUCAUUCUUUGACAUCAGUGUUAGGACAACUGCAUAAAAUGAUUGUUAAAAAAAAAUGUCCACAAAAGUACAUCAGACUUUAAGAGAGAGAGCAAGGAAAAAUGUGGGAGAUUGUGAGCGUGCAAGUUCUGCUUUAUGAACUUUCUUAAGGUCUAUAUGUAUUUGUAGAGUAUUUGAUUAAAUACUGGCACACCAGCUAUUCAUGUGUUUCAAUUAUAAAGUGAUAUGUUUUCUUUUGUCA